AUGUUACCUGUAAGUGCGAUGCUGGUACUUCUUGUGGUAUCUCUGCUCUUCCUGCAGUUCCUGAAAUUCCAAUGGAUACGAAGACAAUUUCCUCCUGGGCCAACUCCAUACCCCUUCUUCGGAAAUCUGCUGCAGAUGAAAUUCCGAAUUCAUCACGAGCUCCUUAAAAAUAUGGCCAAAAUUCAUGGUAACGUCUUCACCUUGUGGCUUUCAAACGUUCCUGUAGUUGUCCUGCAAGGGUUUCAGGCAGUGAAGGAAGGACUGACUGUCCAUUCUGAAGAUGUUGCUGGAAGGCCAAUGUGCAAUGGCUUUCAUAUUUUGACUCGUGGAAAUGGUGUUAUGUUUUCUAAUGGUCAUCUCUGGAAGCAACAGAGGCGUUUUGGACUUGCAACGAUGAGGAAAUUGGGAGUAGGGAAAAAAGACCAAGAGUAUCGACUACAAGAGGAAGCCUGUCACCUGGUGGAGUACUUCCGAAAGACAAACGGAAAACCUCUGGACCCCUCUAUGCCUGUUGUUCAAGCUGUCUCAAAUGUGAUUUGUUCUGUGAUUUUUGGACAUCGCUUGUCUAACGAUGACGAAAAUUUUCACCGCUUGAUUGAAUCCAUUGAUACCAUAACGGCAUUUGCGAACAGCUUCUCUUUUUUUGUGCAUGAACUAUUUCCCUGGUUUGCAAACGUUUUCCUAACACCACUUAAAAAGUUUAAAUCCAGCGUAAAUUUUGUGAAUGGUCUAUUAGCAAAGGAACUUGAAAGCCACAAAGAAAAAGAAAAAACAGAUGAAAAUCAAGAUUUUAUUGAUUACUAUUUGGAUGAGAUAGCUAAAACUAAAGGAGAAGCUGAUUCUACUUACGAUGAAGAAAAUUUGAUGCAGACUAUUUUUGACCUCUUUCUGGCAGGUACAGAAACUACAGCCACCACUUUACGUUGGGCAUUGCUCUAUAUGGUGGUUUAUCCUGAUAUUCAAGAGAAAGUCCAGAAGGAGCUGGAUGCUGUUCUGGGUUGUUCCCAUUUAAUUUGCUAUGAGGACAGAAAAAAGUUGCCCUAUACAAACGCUGUAAUUCACGAGAUCCAGCGAUACAGUAACAUCGUCUUGAUUGCACUUCCCAGACAGAGCGUGAAGGACACACAGCUGCUGGGAUUUCCCGUUCCAAAGAACACCACGAUUUUAUCAAAUAUUGACUCUGUUCUGUCUGAUCCUGGAAAAUGGGAGACACCUGAUGAGUUCAACCCAGGCCACUUUCUGGAUAAAGAUGGAAACUUUGUAAACAGAGAAGCAUUUUUACCGUUUUCAAUAGGGCACCGCGUGUGUAUGGGAGAGCUGUUGGCAAGGGUUGAGCUCUUCAUUGUCUUCUCCACGCUGCUGCAGGCCUUCACGUUCACCCUGCCAGAGGGAGCCAAGGAAGUCAAUACGAAGUUUGUUUUUGGGAGCACAAUGAAGCCACCUCCCUAUCAGCUCUGUGCCAUUCCUCGGUAG